AUGAGCGAAGUGAACGGCUUCGUCGAGAGCAGCGACAUCAGCAAGCUUGACGAGCUCGUCGUUGUCUGCUGCCAUGCAAUCUACAUGGGCGCCGGCGCCGACGGGGACGAGCAUCAGUGGAUCCUCCAGCCCUUCUCCCGCUCCCAGCCCUCCAUGCGCAAGCCUGGCGAGCAUGAGACAUUCACCGCACACAUCGUUGCCGCUGCCAUGGCCGUGCAUAACAACCCAUGCGCCCUGCUGGUCUUUUCUGGCGGCAAGACAACCAACCACCCCAGGUCAGAAGCCGAAAGCUAUGCCGUCAUUUUGAAACACAUCGUCGACACCAACGCUGCCCUCUUCCCUGCCGGCCUCCGCUAUGCCCUCGAAACAUAUGCCACCGACUCCUAUCAAAAUCUCCUGUUCUCCAUAAUCCGCUUCCGCCAGCUCACGGGCAUAUAUCCCAAGAACAUCACAGUCCUCACCCACGCCUUCAAAGAACGCCGCUUCUUGGAACUGCACGCUCCCGCAAUCAAAUGGCCCAGUCACCGUAUCCGUGUGCAGGGAAUCAACCCUCCCUUCACCCUGCACGAGCUCAACCUCACUCAGAAGGGAGAGCAUGAGAGAGCCUAUCUGGCCUUCAGCGCUGAUCCAUACGCUGUGCGGACGCCACUGAUCACUAAACGCCUGGCACGAAACUGGAAUGCCGAUAAAGCACAUGUCUUUCUUGGCUUCAGACUGGAAUCCGAGGUGAUGGCACUGCUAACCUGGCAGGGUGGCCUCAGUGGCUGGGAGACAUUUCCGCGACGCCUGCCCUGGGAGGAUCAUACUUACACAUGA